AAAAAAUAAAAAAGUUUAAAAGAAACCCUAACCGUUACGGCUAUGGCGGCAGCGAGUUUUUCCGAUGACUUUGACUACGAAACAUGGGCUCUAACGACGAAAGCGACUCUAACCGAGCAAGGACUUUGGGACGUUGUCGAAAACGGAGUCCCACCGGAUCCAUCCAAGAUUCCAGAGCUAUCGGCAACGAUUAAAUCCCAAGAACUCUCUCAAUGGAGAGAUCUCGUGAUUAAAGACAUGAACGCGCUUCAGGUAAUGCAAUCUUCUCUCACUGAUUCCGCUUUCAAGAAGACUCUCUCCGCUUCUUCAUCCAAAGACGUUUGGGAUAUGCUCAAAAAGAGUAACGAGCAAGCUAGACUAAGUAGGUUAGAGGAGGAAGAAGUUGAGUACUUGAUGUUAGUAGAAGGUGUGGAUAAGUUGAGCUAUGAUGAGGAUAUGUGGAUGAUCUGCGCCAAGGGUACGACGAAUCAUAUGUCUCCAUACGAGAAGUACUUCUCCGUUCUGGACAGAACACACAAAGGCAAGGUUAUGUUAGCAGACGGAACGUUUCUCAGGGUUGAAGGUAGAGGACACGUGAGGAUUACGAUGAAGGAAGGGAAGAAGACGAAGACUAAGACGAUGAGGGAUGUGAUUUUUGUUCCGGGGUUGAACGUGAAUGUUUUGAGUAUCGAUCUGAUGAUAGCAAGAGGUUACUCACUAGAAUCGAAACCGGACACGUGCGUUUUUUUCGAUCGGAAGGGGGCGGUGUUCGGGGAUGCCGUGAUGGACAAGAAAGGACCAGCUCUGCGUUUGACCAUGAUUGAAGGUACUCAGGAGGAAGAGAUCGCUGUUGAUUAUGUGAUGGCUGCGGUGAUAAGCAAAACUGAUUUGAUUUAUGAUGAGGACAUGUGGAUGGUCUCUGGCUUCUCCACGAUCCAUAUGACUCCGUAUGAGAAUGUUUUCACGGCUCUUGACAGGACACACAAAGGGAAGGUUGGGUUGAAGGAUGGAACGGUGCUCAAGGCAGAAGGAAAAGGAGAUGUUGAGAUUGUGAUGAAGGGAGGGAAGAAGAGGAAGACGAUCAAGAAUGUGCUUUAUGUUCCUGAGAUGAUGAGAAACGUGCUGAGUUUUAGUCAGAUGGAAACAUACGGUUGUUCGUUUAGAGAGGGAGGAGGUGGUGAAUGCAUUAUAAGCGAUGAGACUGGGGCAGUGUAUGGGGAUACUACGUGGGAUGUGAAAGAUAUGGCUCUGCGUUUGGAGGUGAUCAAAGGUAACCGCAUCUCUUAAUAAUCAGGCCAAUGCUUUGCACUUUGGUACUGAACUUAACUCGUAAGGUGCAUGGGCGUAUGAAGUUCUUUUUUUUUAGUUUGGUGUCACUCAUUGUGUGAUUUUCUGUUUUGUUCGUUUUAAUUUGGAUUCUACUAGCUGUCUAUUGAAUUAUCAUUU